AGUUGAAAAUUUUAGAAAAAUAGCACAAUUUAGCUAGGAUAGUUUUCAAGAUUUAAAGUUUGAUUCGUAUAUGAAAUUAUUUAUUCAUUAAUCUGGAUGACAGCAGCAGUGGGACAUUCCAUCCAAACAACAAUACGAUGGCGUCUGCCGUUGAUAGUCCAGAGGUGCUGAACCUGACACGCCAGCACUUGAAAAAGGUUGAACCUGCGCCAGGAAACCUCCAUUACUCUAGCCUGCUACUGGAUCACAACGACAUUGCUAGGUUGGAAAAUGUUGAGACUUAUUGCAGCCUCAUCAAGUUUUCAGCAUCUCACAAUCAGUUAGUCAGAAUGUAUGGUGUCGCUAGGCUGUACAGCCUAAGAGUGCUGAAUCUAUCGCACAACAGCAUUGUCUCGAUAGAAGGUUUGAAGGACAUGAAGUACCUCUCCCACCUGAACCUUGCGGGUAACAACAUCAAAAGCAUAGAGCACCUCAACGCCAACUUGCUGCUGGAGCACCUCGACCUGUCUGACAAUGCCAUUACGACGAUACCUGACCUGUCCAGCAUGAAGCUUCUUCGUCGGCUACACUUGCAAUCGAAUCGCAUCAAGACACUGCAGUUUUGCGACAAAUUUCUACCAACCAGCCUAACGACCCUGACGUUGGCGGAAAAUUGCUUGACGGACGUGAAUGAAGUGUCCCGGCUGGCCCACCUAGUCUACUUAGAAGUGUUUAGUAUGGCCGGCAAUCCGUGCUGCUCAUCUGGCGAUGUUUACCGGCCGUUCCUGCUCAAUUGGCUACCGGGCUUGAAAAUCCUGGACGAAACGCUGGUCAGCGCCAAGGAGAGUUUGGUGGCCGAAUGGCUCUUUUCACUGGGCAGAGGCCGCCAGUUCAAAAUUGGCCAGCACGACGAGUUAAUGGCUUAUUUGAUCUCAAUCCGGCCAGAAAUCGGAGGCUUAACGAACGGAUCUCAGUCGGACUUGGAAGGCAGCUCCGGCAAACUCGAUAAAAUACUCAAUUUGGCCCGUCAGAAUCAUUGCGAUUUACAGCUGGCCGUCUCUGCCACUUCUUCGCCAACGCCCACGCGACGGUCGGUCCCGUCCCCGGCGGUCAAGAAAACGGUCCCACUUCGAAAACAAACUUCUCCUCCCAAAGACAAUACAUCGGCGAAAGCCAACAGGGCGGCCAAGUCGACUUAUGAAGACGACUUGAGCUUAGAGCCUAUGCCGGCCUUAAUGUACACAAGUUUGGACCCUUCGUCAACGAACUUGGCCCUCGAAAGAAGUUGCAGCGUCACUUUAAUGCCCGGCAAUCGUCCCGCGCGUCCCGUUUCUGCCCAGCAUUUCGGCACGGAGGACGAAGAAGGGCUGGAACUGGCCGGACAGCCGAGUCUGCGCAGAGCGGCCUCGGCUUCCCAGCAAACACGUAAGCCGGUGUACAACCGGUCGACGUCGCACCAGCCUCGCAAUACCAAGCCCGUCUCUAAAUUACCGACGAGAAAGAGCAUGGCGGAAAGAAGCGGCCCAAUGUCGGUUCCAUCACACGUGACGUCCGCCCCGAAAUUGUCUGAAGCUCAGGCCGCCGUGGCCAUCCAGAAAGUGUGGCGAGGAUAUCAAACGCGCAACUUAAACCCAGUCGUCGUCCGUCUGAAGGAUCACGUUCGAUUGAGCCGGACGGAGGAGCACACGUCUGAGCUCAUUGUAGACGUACUCGCCAUCGUUAGCCCCAACAUCGCAGAUCGGAGACCCACCCGCUUCUCUGACGGGCUGAACACAGAAUUGAUCGACGAGCCGGCCCUCAAUGAUAAUCGGCAUUUUACCAUUCGUAUAAAACGGAAACAGAGCAACGUGAUAGUCUUUCAAAUGGAAGGCGUAAUCAGCUGAUAGUUUGGACUUUGCGCGAGAUGGCAAUAACGUUCCGUUAGUGUGAACAGCAACGAUCCAGCGCAUCGGGGGAGGAUAGAGAGUGGACAAAACUAUGGCCACUUGAUCGGCAAGUUGUUCAGUCGACGUUACAUUUUUCGCUGUUUCGAUUUAAUUGGCGCUUGAGGCAAUCACUGACCAGCUGGAUAUUACGAGCCGUUAUUUUCACGUUUCGUUCUCUGACGGCUGUUGUUCUACGAUUCCAUUCCCUGAUUGAACGUGAAAAAAACGUUGGAAUUAAUUUCUAAAUAGUUUGAUGGUUUUAAGUGAAUCUUACACUCGAGACAUUUGUCCUAAACGAGAGAAAUGAUCGACAGCCAUCGUUCCAUUCGUAAUCAAAUCUUUGUACCGGUCGAAUUUAUGCCACAUCUCGGUGACGUUACACUAUUCAAUCAAUACAAUAAACAAUUAAGAAUAAAAUUAAAUGAUUAAGAAUUGGAUUUAGUUUUCAAAAUGUCAAACACCUUCUUCUUUUCUUGAAUGUUACCCGAUAAAUCAGAUCCAGUUACUGGCUGACCCAGCAAUCCUUCCAUCAGUAACACAAUCUCGCCAUUGAGAAGCCGGGCACGUUCAAGCCACAACAGUUUCUGCAACUCUGAAAUUCCGUUGGCCGAGACAUGUUGCACAACGGCCACAUCAAACAAAGCCCUCGAGAUGGCGUCUUCUGCUUUCUUGUAUUGGCUUCCCUCAUCGGGUCGGAUGAGAUCUUCCAAUCGCUUGACACCGUCCAGCAGAUCUUCCUUCCGUCGUCGGUUGCGGUAAGAUCCAGUCUUCGAUCGCAUCCAUGAUGGAGAAUGAUCCAUCCAACAAGGCUAAUGUCAUCUCCACCCGAUGAACAAUAUCAGACCAGCCACUGCCUUCAGAAUCAUUUGCGCCUUCCGGUUGUUCGUCCAUCUGGUUUUGGCAACUAGUGCAGCACAAGACUAGCAACAAUAGUGUCGUCAAUGUUUUCGCCAUUUUCGUUCAUUUGUUUUACACGUCCUGAUUAUUGAAAUGCAAAUCAGUCUUUUAAUUUACGUAUGCCGUAAAUCAAUUAAAAUUAUACCUCAUUUAAGUAUCCGAAUGCAGCACAUGUCAACACUGUGUCUAUUGCAAGUGAUGCACUGCGAGGAUCAGAUGAGCAACUGCCGUCAGAAAACACGAAAUAAAAGGUAUGCAUAUCUCUUGAUCACAUACUGGACAAGGCAAUAACCCUUGACCUCGAGAUGACGUUCCACACUGUAGCGAAACUUGACGUUUGAUGCUUCAAAGUUCAUCGACUUUUGUUUCCAUUCGUCUUUGUUGUAGUCCCAUUUCCUGGAAUGGUCAACCGUUAAAGAAUAAACGGAUGGACUCUGAAAUCAGAACGACCACAUUUGAAAUGUGGAAUAGAAACUUUCACUUACCGAGGUUAUCUUUGUGUCCCCUUUCUUCAACUCUCGAGAGAUGGAAAAGUCUUUUCGACGUUCAAUUUACGACGUAAACACAACGACUUGAAACCUAAAAUUUAUUGGGUAUAAAAAGAAGAGGUUGGAAUGGAACUGUUGUCAAUCGUCUAACCAAAAAAUAGUAAGCGUUACAAUAAAUUUUAAUCGUAAUUUUAUUUUUUUACCUUUUAAACACGCAGAUGAUUGGAUUCUGGAUUCUCGCAUGUCUCGCCAUCUGCGCACUUGGCGGGCCGAUGGAAAGUCACAUGACCCAUCAUCACGGCGGGUUGGAUUCGGUAGAGAUCCAUUCGAAGCAUCAACUGUCCAGCGAAAAUGAAGGAUCGCCUUCACCUCAACAUGAAGACGUCGGAGGACAUUCGUUGGAAUCUGGCGAAACGUCUGAAUCGGACGAAUCGAAUGAAACUCUGUCUGCAUCUCCCCCGUCAUCGAGGAGUAAGAGACAGGCACCUUCUUACAUCCGAUCUUAUCCGAAUCCGAAAUCGUAUUUGAGAAAACAGCAACGCACCCCACGUGACUACUGCGACUAUUUUGAUGACAGUGACGGUGGCUACGCGUAUUGCUGUUAUUAUUGAAAAAGCAGUUGUUGUUUUCAAAACGAAUCAAUCAAAUUCACAUUUUGUCUAGUUAUGAAUAAAGAGUUUCGUUUACCCGUG